CAGCGCAAACUUUUGCGCGCCAAAUUUAUCAAUGUCAAAAGCCUUCUUUAACACUAAUUGCUGCUUGUAACGCAUAUGAUUCGGAUCCGAAUUAGGAAAAAUGAGAUCCACCCCGUUUCAAAUGCAUGUUAAGUGUCACGAACUGACAUAAUUCAGUUCCCUUAAACAUCUGAUUUCAUAGUAAUGUCAUUAUAAAAUAAACUCAGAUCCUUUCAUGAUAAUAAGGCAGCAUUUCAUGAAGUAUAAGGAGCAUAAAAUAUGAGCUACAAACCGCAUCAAUGUUCUAAUAGUUCGCAAAGAAACCAGGUUGACGCGAUUUGUUGCGUAUGAAGAUAUAGUUAUUUAAUUCACAAAGAGUAACAUACCAGCACAAAUAGUCAUAUACUGAAAGCCAACUGGCCCAGGAAGAAAAAAAUAAUGAUUUGUAAAGGAUGCUACUAAGAUCUUCGGAGAGCACUGUCAAGCCGUGAAGCCAAUAAAAAAGUCACCAACGCAACGCGUUUUUGUGAAGAUUGUCCCGGAAAACCUGGCAUGUGUCUUCCUUGCUUUAAUUAAUUACACACAUAAUGGAAACCUUUUCUUGGCUUAUAUCUUUGAAUUAUAUUGUAUGGUUUUAGUGGC